ACCGAACAGAUUUAUAACAUGUUUACUUGGCCUAGAAAACCGGAAAUUAACCCAGAAACUGUUUUCUCUGUUCUCUCGUAGUUUUCGAUUAGUUUUCCCGGUGUGUGGGCAGACCAAGUGGUAAUAAGACAAGAAAAACAGUAGCCAUGUCAGGUUUGAUUAAACAGAAGCAGUAUGACUGGAAAGAUUCAAAUUUAGCAUUGUUUGGAUCCGACAUUGAAAAGAACGUCAAAAAGGAGUCUGCUGCUACUGAGAAAGCUUGGAAGAAUGCUGGCAGGAAGCUUGGAAUACAGAUCUGGAGAAUUGUGAAAUUCAAAGUUGAAGACUGGCCAAGAGAAGAGUAUGGCAAGUUUUACAAUGGGGACUCAUAUAUCAUUUUAAAUACCUACAAGGAAGAAGAUGGAGAAGAGCUAUGUUUUGAUGUUCACUUUUGGAUUGGUCAAUACAGUACACAGGAUGAGUAUGGAACAGCAGCUUACAAGACCGUAGAAUUGGACACAUUUCUUAAUGAUGCACCAAUCCAGCAUCGUGAAGUCCAGGGACAUGAAUCAGAACUCUUCAAAUCUUAUUUUGACAAUAUCACAAUUCUAAAAGGAGGAGCAGAUACUGGAUUUAGACAUGUCAAACCUGAGGAGUAUACACCUAGACUGUUCCAUUUCUGUGGAACAAGGAAACAUGUUGAAGUUAGAGAGGUACCAAGAAACAAAGACCUACUUGAUUCUGGUGAUGUGUAUAUUCUAGAUUUAGGUCUACAAAUAUAUCAGUGGAAUGGUUCAGGUUCUAACAAAGAUGAGAGAAUGAAGGCUAUGCAGUAUUGUAUUAAGCUGAAAGAUGAAAGGAAUGGUAAAGCUUCAAGUGAAGUUUUAGAUGAGGGCAGUACAGAUAAAGAUCAUGAAUUUUACAAAGCUUUGAAUGAAGAGAAUGUUCCUGAUGAAGCCAAGAAAUAUAAAGCAGCUGAUUCCCAGAAGGAAUUGUUCAGGUUAUCUGAUGCUAGUGGUAGCAUGAAAUUCUCUCUGGCAAAGAAGGGUCAAGUAUCCAAGACUGACCUGGAUAGCAAGGAUGUGUUUAUAUUGGAUUCUAAGACAUCUUUACAUGUAUGGGUAGGAAAAGAUACCUCUGUCAAUGAACGCAAAAAUGCCAUGUCAUACGCACAUAAAUACCUCCAGAGUACUGAUCAUCCAUUUGUGUCUGUCAGUUGUUUAGCAGAGGGCAUGAAAUCAAAAGCAUUUGAGUUAGCCUUAGCAGCAUAGACUUCCUUCGUCUCAUUCUACAGCAAUAAGAUCAAAUUUAAUAACAAAAGAAACACACUAUUCAUUGGUGUACAGGGUGAAAGAACAUUUCUAAUUGGAUAUUUUAAUUAUGUGUUUUUUAUGGACAAUACAAAUUGUAUUUACGUUGUAUUCAGUUUUUUGUUUUAGUCUGGAGGUAUAAAAUUGUUGCAAACUAGAUAGUCUUGAUGAUAUUACCAAUUUCCAAACAACAUCUUGACCAACUUGCAUUUUAUUCCUGUAUAGAAAUUGUUACAAUCCUUUUUGAUGAUUUGAAUUCUAAAAUCUCUUUAAUAUAAUUAUGUAUCAAGUUUAUGCAUUCAUUGUUGUCAAGUGCAUUCAUUUAAGUGGUUAAAUAUAUACAAUCAACUGUUUUCAAGUGCUUAAUAAAAGAUACUACUAACAAAUAACAUGAGCUUGGUAAAGCUACUCAAAAAAGAAAUAGCCAAUAUUGUUUUACUACUGAUAAAUAUACAUAUUUUAAAAUGAUGAUCGAGUAAAAUAAUACUGUGUUUCUUUUGUUGUUAAAAAUAGUGCUUUAUUAUAAAAAUUAUAAUUGUUAUUUAUUUAUUAGCAUUUUCGCUUUUUACCCUAUAUUGUUUUUGUUUUUGUUUAACUACAUAUAUACUUUUUGUAACUGAAUAUUUUGCAUGUUUUGUAGUCAAAAGAUUUGUGUUAAUACAGAAAAAAACUUUUUAUUUGAUAGAUUUUGGAAAUGAUAUUUAUUGAAGUGCAACUUUAUCAGUAUACACAGUUUUAGUCACAUAAGUUGAUGAUAAGUAUUUGAAUAUUCACAUUUAUUUUCUUUAAGUUAAUUAUAACACAUAAAAACUAUGAUAUAGUUAUCUUGAAAUUUAUUAAUGGUUUUUACUCUUUUUUUUUACCUAAUAUUGAUUUCAUUUUGUGAUAAAUUUUUGAAAGAGCUCAUUAAAACUGGAAGAAAAUGUAUAUUAGAACUUUCACAAAUCUUUGUGUUGUUAAUUAAAGACGUUUACCUGUAUUUUACUAAACUAGUCAAUGAAAUAAGCAUUUCAGGUAUAUUUGAUAAUCAGUUUUAAUUAUCUAAUAUUAAUCUUAUACACCUUUUAUAGAUUCGUUAUGACCAAUUUUCUAUAACUUUGAUUGAUAUUUAAUUAUAUAAUCCUUUGUAUACAUUAUUAUUUAUUUUCAUCAAAUAAAAAUAAUGUGAAA